AUGUUUAUUUCUCCAUACUUUUUAGGUUUCAUUAUCAGAAAACUUCACUUUCUUAUCAUGGAUAGUAAGAUUAAUCAUGCAACAUGUAUGGGAGCAGCUGUAACUGUCAUAGCUGCAGGAGUAGCUAUUAUUGAACGAGAAAGAAGUAGAAUUUAUAUACCAAGAGAACCACGUAUAAAUGCAAUUGCUCAACGAGAAUUCUAUAUUGAUAGCAUUUUGAAUCGAGGUGAUAGACAUUGCGUCGAACAAAUUCGUAUGAAACCAAUUGUGUUAUAUAAUUUGUGUGAUGUUCUCACAAGUCGUAAGCUAUUACGAUCAACUCAAAAUGUGUCUAUUAGGGAGCAAGUAAUUGUGUUCUUACAAAUUAUAGGUCGAAACCAAGAUUUCGUUUUAUUAGUGGUAUAUACUAUAGGUCUGUUGAAACUAUCCAUCGUUACUUUAGAAUUGUAUUAAAAGCAGUUCUUAAGUUAUACAAACACCUUAUCAAAGACCCAGGGGAUACAGUUCCCGCGGAGAUAAUGAAUAAUUGCAGAUUCUAUCCUUAUUUUAAGGAUUGUGUGGGAGCAAUUGAUGGUACCCAUGUUCCUGCAAAUGUUCCUGUUGAAAUUCAGGGAAAGUUUCGAGGUCGAAAAGAGGGAACAACACAAAAUGUUUUAGCAGCUAUAACUUUUGAUUUGAAGUUUAUAUGUGUUUUAGCUGGAUGGGAAGGAAGUGCACACGAUUCCCGGGUUUUAGGUGAUGCACUAUCAAGACCUAAUGGACUAAAAAUUCCAGAAGGGAAAUAUUAUCUUGGUGAUGCUGGUUAUGGUAUUCGAAAAGGAAUCAUUACUCCUUUUCGUGGAGUUCGAUACCACUUGAAUGAGUUUACAGAACAUUCACCGGAAAAUGAAAAGGAGUUAUUUAAUCUUCGACACUCUUCAUUACGAACCGCUAUUGAGCGAGGGUUUGGUAUUUUGAAGAGUCGUUUUAGAUCAAUUGAUGGAAAACCUUUUUGGUCUUAUGAAACACAAGUGAAUGUUGUGCUUGCAUGCUGUAUUAUUCAUAAUCACAUAAUGGGAGUUGAUCCUCAUGACUUUCUUAUGGAAGAAAUAUGUACGGAAAGUGAACCAAUUAGAAGAACAAUCAGCUUAAGCCAACGGGAGGAGAGGGAAGAGAAUAGGGAGUGGAUAACAAAAAGAGAAAUGAUUGCAUCAACCAUGUGGAAUGAUUAUAACACUCAAAGAAACUAGUAAUUGAGUGUUAAUUAUAUGUGUUUGUUCUUAUUAUGUCUUUCUUGAGUUUGUAUUGUCUUUGUUAUAUAUUUGGAUUGUUUGUUGACUUUAUUAUAAUUUAUUACGUAUUUCAUGUGUUCUUCUUUAAAUAGUAGUUGUAUUUUUUUUGUAUAAAAUUAGUUCAAUCUAAAUAUUGUAUAAUUUUAUUUUGUAUAAAUUUGUGGAUUUUUUUGUAGAAAUGAAUACUGCGAAGAAUGAAAAAUGCAAAGGUAAGCACUUCACAUGGUCUAAGCCUAUGUCUCACAUGCUACUUGAGAUAUUAGUCGAGGAGGCACUUAAAGGAAACAAGUCUUCUUCCACCUUCAAAGCGGAAUCUUUUGCAAAGGUAGCUACAGAAAUUAGUCAAAAGUUCAACGUGCAAUGCGAGCCGAAGCAUGUGGACAAUCAUCUCAAAACUGUGAAAAAAGAAUGGGGAAUAAUAACCCAAAAUAAAAAUAAAAGUGGUUUUGGUUGGGGUGAUUGUUUGAAGAUGAUUACGGUUUCGAAAGAUGUAUAUGAUGAAGAAGUAAAGGCACAUCCGAAUCAUGACAAGUAUCUCAACAAAAAACUUGAUAUGUACGAGGCAAUGACGAUUGUUGUUGGAAAAGACAUGGCAACUGGAAAUUAUGCCAAAUCAUAUGCUGAUAUCAACCUGGAAGAGAACAUUGAAGUGCAGUCUAUUUCAAAUGAAAAUGAAGGAGAAUAUGAAGAAACUUUAAAAGGUAAAGAGACAUCUUCCUCUAAUACCCAAAAGAGGCAACAUAAGAAGAGAUAUCGAACGUAUGAAGAUGAUAGUGUUGAAAAGUUGUCUAAAAAGAUUGGAGAUGUAGCGUUUGCAAUUCAAAGCCUAAGCAAAAAUCAACUUGAUGUUAAUGAGCUAUAUACAGAAGUGAUGAAAGUUGAAGGCUUUGAGGAGAUCGCUCUUGGUGAUGCUUUUGAUCACUUAGUCCAAAAUGAAAUGUUGGCAAAAGCAUUUAUGGCAAAAAAUGCUAAUUUGAGGAAAAUUUGGGUUCAUAAUUUUGUGAACCAACACUGCUACAGGCCUGAUUGCUAGAUGAUUUCACUAUGAUAAUCCA